CCAACAUGGCGUCCGCUGAACUAUCUGGGUCGUCAUUUUUCCGACAUUUACAAUGCAGAGAUCUUCACCAAUAUUUGGGAAGCCUACCGUCUGGUAUAUUAGAUCGAUUGUACAAUCACCCAGCGAUUUGCCUAGCAGUUUUCAGAGAAUUACCAGAACUUGCCAAGCAAUUUGUGAUGAGGACUUUAUUUGCUGAUCAGCCUGUACCAGAAACCCUGGUAGCUGCAUGGGUCAAAACAGAUUACCAGAAACAUUACAUAGGAUCUAUAAACAGACUGAAAAGCCUCAGGAUUUGGAAAGAAUCAAGUGGUGGAAUACCCAAUAGGCUUGAAAUGAAUGCAACCUUCCGGGGCAAUCUCAAGAUUGCUCUCUGUGGCGGAGGAAAUCCAUGGAUAGGAUCUGGUGAACAACCUGAAAGAGACAAGCAUGCACGUGACAUUCCGUUUCUUGAUAAUUAUAGUAUGGAAAGGUGGGAGUCUGUUCUUCAUUUUAUGACUGGUUAUACUUCAAGUGAGGAAAGUGCAGCUGUUAGUCAGGAUGUUGUCCGUGUGUUGGUUUUAUCGGGACUCAUGAAAUGUGAGACACCUGGUGCAUCACCAGUUAUAAGUCCUGCUGGAUUUCAAUUUUUACUCAUGGACACAGCUUCACAAGUUUGGUACUUUAUGAUACAAUACCUGGAGACUGUUGAGGCUCGAGGCAUGGACCUUGUGGAGUGCCUGUCUUUUCUAUUCCAAAUUAGCUUUGCAAGCCUUGGCAAGGACUACUCUACAGAGGGCAUGAGUGAGUCUCAACUAAAAUUCCUUCAACAUCUCAGGGAAUUUGGUCUUGUCUUUCAGCGAAAGCGCAAGUCAAGAAGAUACUAUCCCACUAGAUUAGCCAUUAAUUUGGCUUCAGCAGGAAUAGGGAGUUCAACUGUCAGUAACACAGAUCAGAAGGGCUUUAUUGUAGUUGAGACAAACUACCGUCUUUAUGCAUAUACAAGUUCAUCUCUGCAAGUAGCUCUUGUAGGAUUGUUUGCUGAGAUACUUUGUAGGUUUCCGAACAUGUGUGUUGGUGCUUUGACAAGAGACAGUGUUCAGCAGGCAUUGUCAAGUGGAAUAUCAGCUGAACAGAUUCUUCACUUUUUGAGGACUAGAGCACACCCUGAAAUGUUAAAAAAGAAUCCCAUCAUACCACCAACAAUAAGUGAUCAAAUUCGACUCUGGGAACUGGAAAGGAGCCGAAUGAAGUUCACUGAAGGUGUGCUAUACAACCAGUUCCUCUCACAAGCAGAUUUUGAAACCCUAAAGAAGUAUGCAGAGGAUCUUGGUGUACUAAUGUGGGCCAACUCAUCAAAGAGAGUUAUUGUUGUUAGCCGCUCAGGUCAUGAUGACGUUAAAAGGUUUUGGAAACGACAGAAAAACACGUGACAGCUCGUGCUAAUGCAUAAGCUUGCAAGCCGUACUACUUCCUCGUGGUUGGCACGUGACUAGUAAUGGAGAAACCGGUCCACGCGUGCGUCAGGGAACUACAAAAACGAUGUGACAACUUCUGUACGUACUGGCUGGGUUUUUAAGGCACGUGAAUUUCACUUGGCGCAUAAAAUCUAGCCCAUGCCUUCGUUUAGAAACUUGAAGUGAAAUCGAAGAAAUUUAACAAAAGGAAAAACAGAUCAGGAAGCUGUGACCGAACAAAAAUCCAUCUCCAACUUAAAGAAAAAUAUUGACAUUGACUAACAAAUAGGAGAGAGAUGUCUUUUUGAUAUUUUUUUUAUUGGCGUAUUCCAAUUAAUACUGUAUAUACUUGUUUCUGGAGGAUGAAAACAUUUGUAAACCUUUU